GCUAACAUGUCGUCGUUGACAAUGUUUUAGACUUUUAGUUCCAGGUAAAUAAUGGACUAAAUCAAAAUGACACAGUAAACUUCAUCUGCUUACUUUCAAUGAAGUUUCAAGUAGUAAAUACAACAGUGCAUCAAAGAUUCAACAAGAACAGUCUCUUUGUACUCAACAUAGGAAUUGAUUUAAGAAACCUUCAGCAGCAGAGCGCUUCGAUACAGACGGCAACAAAAAUUCUAUGAUAGUCUUCCCCUCCGGUAGAAGAGAGAAGAAUAGUGUUUGAAUAUGGAGUCUCCAUUUUACUUGUUGUUCUUGGUUUCAUCAUCACUCAUAAUCCUCUGUCAUUCUAUGGGGACACUGUCUCCCUCCUCCCCAUCUUUGUCAUCUUUGAAGAAGAAAGGUUGCCACAUUGAUGAGAUGGCUGCCUUGCUCCAAUUCAAGCACAGCUUUGUGAUCAACACUAAUCAGUGUGAUGAUGAUGAUCAUCGUAAUCUGUUAUCAUGGCAAGAAGGGGCGACUGCUGCUCGUGGGAGGGUGUUGAAUGUGAUGAACAAACUGAUCAUGCUGGACCUCUCCUUCAAUGACUUCAACUCUUCUCCCAUACCAUCCGCAAUCGGAAACCUCUCAAGCCUCACUCAUCUCAACCUGUCUGGUUCUAGCUUUACUGGCCGAAUCCCACACGAACAGCUCUCCAAAAUCACCACUUUGGUUUCCCUUGAUCUCUCUCUCUAUUUUGAUUAUUACUACCCAUCACUCGGAAUAGUUCAACAAUUGACAUUAAGUGAGCUCCAUCAAUCAUACAUGAACAUCUCUUCUCUUGAUGACUAUACCUCGCUUGGCUUGGAGCUUCACAGUUUGGAACGGCUAGUUCAACACAUGAGCAAUUUGAAGGAGCUCCGUCUAUCAUACGUGAACAUCAGCUCCUCUUCAGGGGUGCUUGACCUCCUCUCAAAUUUUUCAGCUUUAGAAUCUUUGCAUCUUGCUGGUUGUGGACUGGAGGGUGAGUUUCCUGGGGCCAUUUUCAAUCUCCCAAAGCUCAAGAUGCUCAAUCUACAUGGCAAUUAUGAUCUCAAAGGCUAUUUGCCUAACUUCCGUUUAGGGAGUCCUCUUAAAUCAUUGUGGCUCUCUCAUACUAGUUUUGGAGGAGUGUUGCCUCCUUCCAUUGGAAAUCUUGCCUCUUUGGAAGAACUAGAGAUCUCCUAUUGCAAUUUUACAGGGAAGCUUCCGGUGUCACUCGCCCUCCGAAUCAUCGACUUAUCCAACAAUAGUUUCGGAGGGAAGCUGCCAUCAAAGUUCAUUGACACUUUGAAUCCCAUGAGAGCCUUAAAUGUAAGUCACAAGCUGGAAUACAUGGAGCAGACAUUGCAACCGAAUAGCUAUUGGGUCAUUGAAGAAUUUGGCCCAUUUGAUUACUCAAUAACCAUGCAUAACAAGGGUUUUGAAAUGAACUAUAUGAAGAUUCCAGAUAUUUUUUGUGGUAUAGAUUUCUCCUCCAACAAUUUUGAAGGGCAGAUUCCUGACACGUUUGGAGAUCUUGCGGGGCUUCAGUUGCUAAAUCUUUCUAGAAACAAUCUCAGCGGUCACAUACCAUCUUCUUUCUCAAACAUGAAGAAUUUAGAGUGUUUGGAUCUCUCCCAAAACCAACUCUCAGGACAGAUUCCUACCAAGCUCACAAAACUCACUUACCUUUCAUCAUUUGACGUGUCAUUUAACGAUCUCUCUGGCCCUAUACCAAAAGGAAAUGAGUUCUGUACCUUUGACUCCAAAUCAUAUGAAGGGAAUCCUAGAUUGUCCCUUGAAACUUGGAAUAAGCAAUGUGGAAAUGCAAGGUCUUUGCCUCAACUUCAGCAGCCUCCAUCCAUCACAGAAGAAGAUGACACCUCAGAAUAUGACUUAAAAAUAAAGUGGGUCAUAAUUUCGAUUGGAUUCCUAAGUGGUUUGGUUGGUGGAGUGAUCGUUGGGAUUGAGUUGACUACUAGAAAACACUAUUGGUUCGUCAAGAAGUUUGCAAGGAUGCAGAGCCGAUGGUGUGCAUGAGAGGAGAAUCAUUCUCGGUUGUGUUUGGAGUAAACAGAAAUAAAUGGCUGUGGAUGUGUUUGUACUUUGCAGUAUCAGUGUUUUGGGUAUUCUCUGUUGUGUAUUUUUUUAUUGUCAAGUGAUUCAUGCAUUGAAAUGUAAGAAAGAUAUGCUCUUUUG